AUGGUUACACUGGAAGAGCAUGCAGACACCAGAUUCAUUUGGUCAAUCGAGGUGCGGUUGACGAUUGCAGGGCCGCUCACUCCGUUGACAUUUGACGGGUCCAAACUUGUAGCUGUUCCCGCGGGGACGGCUGUUCGCAGACCAGUCGUAGCGACUGCGGAGUUCCCUGCGGUCGUGGGGCGCAUAAUGGGCGCCGCCUGGGUGAAGGACUGGCCAGAUGAAAUGGUGUUUGGAUCAACGCCAUUGACCUCCGGAGUUCGAACUGCCGCUUGUGUGGCCGCAACUUGA